AACAACACGGACGGAGCAGCAGAAAAAGAAGGCAGGUCGGAUGGAAUAUCUUAAUUUAAGCACUCCAACCUUCUCCUUCCGACCUUGACACACCCACAGGAGUUGACGACCCCCCUUCUGGAAUUGAUGGUGACGGUGGGACUCAAUCAAAACUUGAUCAAGUUUCAACUUUGUGAACGAUGAAUUUUUGUGAAACCCCUGUCGCGUCUGCUAGUGUUAGUGCGUGCUGUCGCUGGAAUUGAUUCAACAGAGGGAGGCUUGCAUUUAUAAGUAUCGGAAUCGGAGGACGGGAGCAAGGAAGAAGAGAAAGAGAGACGGCUGCUUGGUUUUGGAGGAGGGGUGUGGUUGGUGGUGGUGGUGAGCAGUGUGAAUGCCGGAGGACAUGAGUAAUAGUUCGGGAGGUGGAAGGGAGAGUCCGAGCUCAACCGCGUCCGCACAGUCUGCGUCCUCCAACACUGCCUCCGGAAGUGGCUCUGUCAUUGGCUCUUCGUCCGUGGGGAGUGGAAGCAAUGGUGGUUGUCGAAAUUCUGGAGCAAGUUUUGAUUCUGGGCGAGCAACCUCCACCACAUUUCAAGGUAUUCCCCGCUACUCUGCUGGGGGGUUGUCAUCAGAAUCAUCGCUAGGAAGCUUUCGUCACUCGUAUCAUAGCUCAAGCUCGUCUUUGGGGUCUAUCCCAUCAGAAGAAAUCAGAAACUUUGACGUUUCAAAGAUGAUUUCCCAAGGAGUUCCAGAUCAUGAGAUCUUGAAUGCCUGGUUGACGGGGAUUCACUUGGAGUGCUACUAUCAAAAUUUUAUUCAAGCAGGUUACGACAUGCACACCAUAUCUCGGAUGACACCAGAGGAUUUAAAUGCCAUUGGAGUUACGAAACCACAUCAUAGAAAGAAAAUCAAGUCUGAAAUAUCGGUGCUCAACAUUUCCGAAGGGUUGCCUGAUUUCAUUCCAGAGUCGGUGGACGAGUGGUUGCGGUUAUUGAAGCUUGACGAAUAUUUCCCUCGGCUUUUGGAUCAGGGCUACCGACAGGUUCGCCAGGUAACGAAUAUCACUUGGGAAGACCUAGAUGACAUUGGGAUUCUCAAGCUUGGUCACCAAAAGAAGUUCAUGCUAGCCAUCAAGAGGGUGCAAGACAUUCUGUCCGGCAAAGGAGCCUCCACAGCAACGUAUGCACCAUGCAAUGCUUAUGUGACCCCUGUGAUGGACGGCUUUCAUCAAUUAUCUCAUCAGCCUCAUCUACGUCACUUGACCUCGUCGUCACUGCCUUACUCAUCCCCACAACAACAGCACACAAUGCUGUCUCAUCCGCAACCAGUCAACAAUAGUCAAGAUCCACACAGCCAGUAUCAGAGUAGUGCAGUGGACCCUAGACACCAAAUUCACAGGAAUGUGUGGCCUCAUCAUCAACAUCAUCACCAACAACAGCAGCAACAACCGCCUCUCCCUCCCUCUCCUCCAUCUUCUCAUCAUCAUCAUCAGUCGUCGUUACCUUUUCAGCAGCACUCACCUGUUCCUCUGGCCCCUUUCGGUCCUACUGCUACCUCGGUACUUGGGACGACAGCAAUCUCACACCAAAUUCAAGUUCACCAUCACCCAUCGCCCCCACCCCAACAUCGCCAGCCCUUUCCUACCGUGAGUGGAGUCACCACCAGUUCCAACCAGCAUCAUCAUCCAUCGGGAGGAGUUCAGCCUCUUUAUCAGCCUGAAGUAAUUUCCAUCCGCGUCAAGAACGGCCACCCUAAUAACUCCUUGGACAGCCCUGAAGAGGAGCCCAUUUAUGGGACAUCAUCGUUCCUUUCCCCAAAUCCCAACUUAUCAUCUCAUCAAAAUCACAACAACAAUUUCAGUAAUAAUGGCUCGUCAAAUACUUUAUGGAAUAGUUCGAAUCGCAACGGGAGUGGAACUAGUUUUAAAAGUUUUGAAGACGGUGAGACGUCCAUGAUGUCGUCCUCGGCAAUUGUUGACCACUCCUCGCCAUCUUCUGCCAGCAAUUUGUCAAUUACCAAGCAAUCAAUGUCCAACACUUGGACACUGCCUCGGAAGAAGCACAAACCCAUAUCCAAGGUAAUGGGUGGUGGCGAACGACAUAACUCAUCCUGUGAUUCCUCUUCUUCUGGUUCCACAACUGUGUCCUACCCCAUAAAUCCAGGCCCAUUUGCUCCCCAACAGUUACACCAACCUAGGGGACCUUCCCCCGUCACGACGUUUACCAAGUGUGACUAUGCUGCAGCAAAGGGACAGCCACCACCGCCUCCUAGACGAAGCAGUUGUUCUGCACUCGGUCCUUCCUCCUCAGAUGACAACCUCCCACUACCACCACCUCCCCCACUUGACGACUUUAAUGGAGCAGUUGGUGCGGGUGAGCUCCACAACGGAAAACCCACGCCUGUGGCAGAAACCUACAACAUCUACGGUGGGGUAAACGCAAAUUAUUAUAACAGCCAGCAGCAGCAGCGCGGUGGCGUUGCUACCUCAUCAUCAUCUGCUGCUGCUAGUAGUAGGAUGAUAAGCAACGGACCUACGACUGCGGCUCCUCUCCCGUCUGGAAGGAGGUCGACGCUACCCAUGACGAAAUCUAGAGAUCCUUCCCCUUCUCCCCUCGCCAAUGAUUUUUCAGAUCAGGAUCUCCAGUCGAAUGGGUUUCUGUGCAAAGGUGUCCGCCGCAACGGAUCAGAUGCCAGUUUCAAGUCAAACUCGAGCACAGAGUCGGAAUCCAUUCCAUUUGCGAAUGACAAUGCUGGGACAAUUAAACAGCAGAAGCAGCCAGCGCAGAAAUCGACCUCAGUUGGAAAUGGGGAGAGCAUUGUGCAACAGGACGAAGGUGGCGAUGUGCUCAGCGAUAUUGGGAGCAUGCUUGCGGAUCUCACGGAUCAAUUGGAUGCCAUAUUGGAACAAGAGAGAACAUCGAAACGUUAAUACCAAGUCAAUGUAUAGGAUUAAUUAUUACUACACGCCACAGAUAGAUGGAUAGAUAGACACAUAUGCCUUCCCCAUCACUACCACCACCAAUAAUAAUAUAAUUUGUCCGCAUAGUAGUUAUCAUCGACCAUCCUCUUGAUGUAGCUGUAUUUAAUUAAUUCUUGUUAUUGUGAUUCUCAGAUGUAGUACUAAAUAACCACCCUAAAGUCUUAUUAGUCGAUUUCCCGGUUUCAUUCCUAGUUUCCAUUUAUUUUUAUAUGUAUUCGACUAUACUCGUCGUCAACUAAUUUAUUCACAGUGAGUAGUACAUAUAGGUUUUUAAACAAUUUCCAUCCGAAAAUCUAAACCGUUAUAUCUCUAUCUGCAUUAUGUUUGUAUGGCAUAUCUGACUACUAAAUAUCUGAUUUAUUCAACAACUUUCCACUAACUAUUUAUCCAUCAUCUACACAUAUAUGUACAUGUAAAUUGUAAAUCUACGCAUAUCUCGAAUCGAAAGAUCACAAUGACUGAUUGUUUUCAAAAACAUUCUUGUAGUAUUUAUGUAUUUGUAUUUGUUACUAUUAUAUAAUCCGCAUUAAUUCUGACUCGACCAUCGACCGACUGGCAACAUGUUAAAUGUAGCACUUGUAAGAAAGAACGCGACUGAAUUUUUGAAACCUGUGUUAUUAUUGUGCAACAUUUACCUAAAAAGUACUAACCAGUUCGUUAUUAGUUGUUCAAAUACUUAGCUAAAUUAAAUCAUGAUAAUUUGUACUUAUUGAUACCUGAUAAAGCUAGGAGACGCUCUUUAGUUGUUGUACAAACAAUAUGUGUUACGAAUUCAAGAUCUGUACGUCUCUGAAAUGCGUUUGGAUAAUUUUGCAUGAAUUUGAAUAAUACUAUGACUAGAAAUGAUGGUGGUCGUGUGACUGUGUGACUGGAAAAGUGCAAUUAGCAAGACUUAUUUGGCAUUGUAGUACUGUCGGCAAAAUUACUUUCAGUUAAUCAAGUUGGUCUGGCAGUACGCUCCUUGACUUUGGAUAUCUCUCUCGUUUUACAAUUUACCUAUUGUGGUUGCAAAAGCGACAACAACUUUUGGUCGCAAAAAAUAUGUGACAACGGAGUAUAGACAAGACUAUAGAAAGUACUAAAUAACUUAUGAAAAUAUGUAACUUGCAUCAUCAUGUCCUAGGUAUGGUUGUAGCUAUAUAACAAUAAUUUAAAAUCCAGGCAAACUAAUACUAAACUCACAUAUUGGACAUUUCGUUCAGAGUAACGCAGCUCUAAAAGUAAGAUCUUGUCAUUUGUUACAACAAAUAAUAUUAAUAUGGUUAUUAUUACUGAAGGAAAACAAGUUCAAUUAAAAUCGUAGACAGAAGAAUA